AUGGUUCGGUGCAAGACAUCCCGGGUUGGAAUCCUGGUUUUACUAAGUCUGUGCUUGUUUGCGGUGGAGGGCUUCACUCACCUGAGCUUCAACGUGUGUCGCUGGUGUGAAGUGUCCAGUCCGAUCUGCAGAGACAGUGUGUGUGUGAGCAACUGCAGCCUGUCCUCCUUCUGCUCCAGCACCGAGGAGAUCUGCAUCGCAAUAUGGAGGAAAUCCAACGAGACCAUGACUGUGCAGACCAUGUGUCAUCACCCGGCUGUGCCACUAGAGGGCGUGGACCAAGCCGUGCUCCUGAAUGUCAGCUCCAGAGAAUGUCACAUGGUUUCUCAGCCAACAGCAGAGGGCGCUAUGAUGGUCUGCGGCUGCAAAGGAGAGCACGAAUGCAACGACAGACUCAUCUUUGAUAAAGGAGCCAAUGGUUUCUCAAAGCUGCAGAGUAAAGAGGUGAUCCCCGUGGUCCUGGUGAGCCUGGUGCCUCCUGUUUUAGUAGCUUUAGUCGCUUCCAUGGCCUUUUACAUCUACCGCACUCGCCGCUUUGGCAAACCGGGCCCUCCAGCGCGCCCCGAGUGGCCCGCCAAACCCCCCCACGAGCUGUAUCAAGCCCUGGACCCUCCCUGUGGACGCCAAGCGGAGUGUGGGGAAAGCGUCACCAAUUCUUUACAACAGAUCGAAGACUCCAAUGCAAAAAUACCAGUUAUCAACAACGGUAUUAGAGAUGUUAUCGAAUGGCAAGGAAAGCUGACGACGCCUCUACCGAUUAAACUGGAGACUUUGGUUGGAAAAGGUCGAUUUGCAGAAGUGUGGAAAGGUCGAUUGGUUCAAAGCGACAAAACGAAUUCUCACGAAACGGUAGCUGUCAAAGUUUUCCCCGCCAUGGAGUACGCGUCAUGGAGAAACGAAUGUUCGAUUUUCUCAGAUCCAAAAGUCCAGCAUGAAAAUAUAGUGACUUUUUUGGCUGCGGAGGAAAGGGGCGGGCCAGGACACGCCCACAGGAAGUACUGGCUGGUUCUGGCCUAUCACAGUCUUGGAAAUCUGCAGGAGUUUCUGACUGAGAAUACACUAAACUGGGAGGAGCUGAUAUUGAUGGGCAGCAGCGUUGCGAAAGGGUUAGCGCAUCUUCACAGUGAUACUACGCCAACAGGGGUCCCCAAGGUGCCCAUCGCCCACAGAGACCUGAAGAGCAGUAAUAUUGUGGUGAAGAGCAGACAGGACUGCGCUCUGUGUGACUUCGGUUUGGCUUUGAGACUGGACAUGUCCCUCACCGUGGACGACUAUGCCAACAGUGGACAGGUUGGCACGGCACGGUACAUGGCUCCUGAGGUUCUGGAGUCCCGGGUGAACCUGGAGGACCUGGAGGCGUUCAAACAGAUCGAUGUUUACUCUAUGGCUCUGGUGCUGUGGGAGAUGGGCUCACGCUGCCAGGCCAUCGGAGAGGUGAAGAGCUACGAGCCUGCGUUUGGGUCCAAAGUGUGCGAUCAGCCGUGUGUGGACAGUAUGAGAGACCUGGUUCUGAGAGACAGAGGAAGACCAGAGAUCCCCACAACCUGGACACAGCACCAGGGCAUGAGUGUAUUCUGCUCCACCAUCACCGAAUGCUGGGACCACGACCCCGAAGCGCGUCUCACUGCUCACUGUGUGGUCGAACGAUUCAUUGCAAUACAAAAUGAGGAGGAAACAGAGAGACUAAACCAGGAUCUAAACCAGGAUCUAAACCAGGACUCAAACCAGGACUCAAACCAGGAACAAGUCCAAGAGGGGUCUGGACUCACCACAGAUCCGGGCCAAAACCAGGAAGACUCUCGGGACAAGGACUUGGACGUUCAAACUGACAGAGUUUCUUCCUUCCAGCACACAGAGACACAGGGGGAAUAGUGAAGAUUUGUCCCAUCUUGUUGCCUCUAUAGUGUAAGACUUUUAAAGAUAUGGACCAAACAAGGACUUAAGUCAUAAACUUCAUAAUUUGCAGAACCUAAACUGAAAUAAUUCAUGUUAAAAAAAAAAAAAAGUCCACCUCAUGUGUAGGAUUUUUUUUUUUUUUUUUUCAAUAAGAAGAAUGAUGCUUCAGUCAUCAACAAUAUCCAAAACUAAAAUCUUGUAACUGUUGAAGUGACAAGGUCUAUUCUCCUACAACACAUGUGGCAAGACCCGCGGGCCACAUCCGGCCCGCAGAGCCAUUUUAUGUGGCCCACAAGGGGUUAAAAGGUAUAAUUUAUUAUUAUGUUGUGACUCUGUGCCGCUACUACAUCUCCAAAUGCGCCACAGUUUGCAUCUCGCCAAACAGAGAGGCCAAGAAAACUCAUCAAAUUUCCCCAAAAAUGUCCAAGAAAAGAAAAAAUUGAUGCAGAAGGACGGCUAUUUCAUGAAUGUUACUGAAGGAGUAAUGUGAAUGUUUUAACUUAAACCUUUAAAUCAAAUCCAAUCCACUUUAUUUCUAUAGCACAUUUCAUAAACAAAACUGUUUCCCAAGUGCUGCACAAUACAGAUAAAACAUAUCCAAUAGAAAUAUAAAGCUCUACUUAACUCUACUAGUCCUCUUUAAGACAAUAAAACUAGUAAAAAUCAAAUAAGAGCAAGAAUACCAGUAAAAUAAUAAAAAUGUAAAAAACAUAAAAAUAAACAAAAUGAAUAAAUAUGAAAUCAAAAAUCAAAUACAGACUUUUACAUUUUUGUAACACAUCGAUAUUACAGUUAAAGUUGAAGUCUUAACUUUACACCUGGCCCUUUGAUGACAAACAUGAUCCAAAUGUGGCCCUUGGUGAAAAUGAGUUUGACACCCCUGUCCUACAAUAUUCCUCCAACCACAACCACAAACUGUGUAGGUAAACAAUAAACUUAAUCUGACUCCAUCUCAAUUAAACAAAACAAGAAUACACAGAGGCAUGUGAUGUUGGAUGACCAAACUCAGCUGCCAAAUCAUUUUAGACCACUGAGUAUUUGUUGCUUUUUGGCGUAAAAACUUAAACAGUGACAUCUCAUAAUAGUACAUCUGCUGGCAGAAUCGGACAGUGCCUUUGGUUUAUAAAUGUGCUUUUAUUUUGUAGGAGCUGGUCUCUGGUAUUAUAUUGUGGUAUAAUAUUAUAACUAUCUACUGUGAUUGUUAUUCAUUUGUAUUGCUGUCCUGUGGAGUAUUUUGUAUUUAUGACUUUGUACUUUGUUUUGUAUGUGAAAAUAAAUGCAACUGAAACUAUUAA